GGAGGCCAAAGCAGCGAGCUGAGAGAGGGCGUACUUCACACGGACAGCAGUAGCCAGGAAGAAACGGAGAUUAUCUCUCUCGCCGUCAGGAAGGACACGGCGCGGCGCACGAGCGAAUUUUACGCCGACGCAAUAGUCGCUUCGAAGGAAAGGCCGCAGUAAUAGAGUUGCCGCACGUGCUCUGUCUGCUGUUAGCGAAUGUCUGCGAUGACCUCUGCGCCCGCUCAGGGGAUGCCGGCGGCGGAGGGAGUCACGGAGUCUGGCCUAGUUGGCGGGAUAUUCAGCAAAGCCCAGCACGACGGCAUCCGGGUCAAGUUUUCGGAUGUCGACUGGGCCACCAUCGUGCGCGCCGGCAAUGUCUCUCAGACCGAGGUGGAGCAACUGCGGGCGAACGACGAGAGCGCGGUGGAGUUCCUCAUGCACGACGAGGCCGCGGCCAAGAAGUACGUCUCCACCCUGGUGAAGAUCAUGAAGACCACAACCUCGGACGCUCGCGCACAGUACUUCGCCGUCUCCAGGUGCGAGGAUAUCGUAGCCGACGAUGGCAAGGUGCGAUCCCAGCUCUUCCUUACCUCGCCUAAGCAGCCCCUCGACCAGGCGCCGUUCCUGAGAGUAAUCGACAGCGGGGACGCGGCAGCCCAGCAGGUCGCGAGCAUCGUCCUGGCGCUCUUGAUCGUGAACUUGGACGCGGAUAGCGAACCGUUGACCGCGUGGAUCUGCAAGCAGCUCUCCAUGGGCCGCGGCCGUGGGCAGAGCGUCCGCGGGGCCGUGCAGGCUCUUUGUGUUCUCCUCCGCAACGACACGGCGAGGAUAUCGUUCGGCAGGCACGGCGGCGUGGCGUACCUUACCAAGAUCAUCAGGAUGCAGGGGGGAGACAGCAGCAUGGCCCAGCUCAUGUACGAGCUGUGCUUCUGCCUUUGGUCGGUGUCUCUUUGCGACGAAGUCAAGCAGGACUUCAUGAGCUGCGGCGCGAUCCCCAUCCUCGCCCAGCAGGUCGCCGCCGCCACCUCCGAAAAGGUGAUCCGAGUCUCUCUCGCCGCGCUCAAGCACCUCACGGAAGGGGAGGCGAUGAGCUUCAACGCGGAGAUGAUCGCGUGCGGGCUGCCCAAGACCCUCCGGAACAUGAAGACCCGGCAGUGGGCGGACCCGGACAUCAAGGAGGACGUGGACACGUUGGACACCGCCAAGGAGCGAGUGAUGUUGCUCGUGGACAGCGAGCACAAGGACGUCCAGCGCCACGCGCUGCAGUGCGUGUCCAAGAUCAUGGUCAACAAGUGGGAGUUUAUCCGGUGA